CUUGGUGGUCAAGAUGAUGGAAGUGUUGUAAUAUGGUCAUUGAAAAAGAAAGAAGCUAUAUGCGGCAGUCCUGCUCAACAUCAAAGUGCUGGAAUUACGGUGUGUCUAACAUACUGCAACGAUGACGAUGAAAGAUUUAUCACGGCUGGCGAAAACCUUGACUUUGAUCUGAAUUUGAGGAAAACAUUUAUUUUUUCCAGGAGACAACAAAAGUUGUUGGGAGCAGUCACGUCAAUCACUUUGAGAGGAGAUGGACAUCAGUUUUUUGUGACAACUGACAAAUGUCAUUUGUACCGAUUCAAUUAUGCUGACUUUACGCACGAAUUGAUCAAUACAUGUCAUUACGCUGCUGUAAAUGACAUUCGUUUCCCAAGUGGCUGCUCCGAAUUGUUUGCAACCUGCUCCUAUCAGGAUGUACGCGUUUUCAACACCAAUACACAACAAGAACUAUUGAGAAUCAAUAUCCCAAAUAUGAACUGCUACUGUAUCGACUUACUGGCAGACGGAACAGCCAUUGUGUCAGGUUGGGACGAUAGCAAAAUACGUGCAUUUUAUCCGGAAACCGGACGCCUCAUGUUCACCAUACAAAAUGCACACAAAAAAGGUGUGACAGCGCUGUGUUCCACUUCCACAUGUAACCGUUUAAUCAGUGGUGGAGGAGAAGGACAAGUUCGGGUGUGGGAUAUUACCGAGGUAAGACCACCGGAUGUCCAACAGCGUCACGGACGUACCCGACGAAGACGGGGUUGUUCCGGCGAUGAGAAAGGAGUGCCGGAAUCGUCAUUUGUUACCAAACUGGUCGAGGCGAUGCACGAGCACACAAACGCGGUAUCUUGCAUUCAAAUCAGUAAAGAUGAUUUGUCCUGUGUGUCAGCCUCGGCUGAUUCAACCUGUAUUAUUUGGUGCUUGGAAAAACAAAUCAUCUUCUCCAACACUCUGUUUCGGUGUAUCUGUUACCAUCCAAACGAGUGGCAAGUGAUCACAUCUGGAACCGAUCGAAAAAUUGGCUACUGGGAGGUCUACGACGGAUCGUUGAUUCGUCAACUAGAAGGUUCUCGUUCCGGGUCAAUCAACGGGAUGGACAUUACCAAAGACGGAAAUACUUUUGUCACAGGCGGUGACGACAAACUCGUAAAGGUAAUGGAUACAUACUGGUCAGCGUCAAAAAUUGUAAAUUUUAUUGUCUUUUUUUUUGUUUCACUGUAUUCAUAG